CGGCGCGGAGACCACAGAAGCACAAGCAUGGCACUCGAUGGCUUCGUCGUCGAGGUGCGCAACCUCCCGGCGGCGCUGGCGACGUCGGCGAUCGAAGAGCUGCUGCAGCAUGUCGGCGCCACCGAUAUCCGCGUGCUGACAAGCCGCAGCAAGAAGAAAGCAGCGUUAGCCGCCUUCCCGAACGACAGCAUUGGCAACGCUGCUGUGGCACGACUCGGCAAGAUGCGGCUGGCUGAUCACCAGCUCCAGGCGCGGGUCCACGGCGGCCCACUCGACGCCCCACCACCUUCAACCGCACCGAUCUUUCCGCCGCUGCCACCCGAGCCGACGCCAUCGACACCAUCGACAGCGCGGCAGCCGACGCCAAUUGCACCGCAUCUCGGACUGCACUACCCGCCGUCGCCGCUGCUCGCGUACAAGUACCCCAAGGCGACGCCCGAGAUCGUGGCCAAUGUCGCCAACGCGCUCAUGGCCCUGCCCAAGCUGUACACACAAGUGCUGCAUCUCAUGAACAAGAUGCACUUGCCGCCACCGUUCGAGAAGGACGUCAUCCGCGGCCCCUUCUCGACUGACGUGCUCGCUGCCGGCGGCAAACGCCAGUACGAAGAUGCCUUUCAAGCCAGCGACGACGACGAGGACGACGACGAGAAGGACGACGAGGCGACUGCGGACGCGGCCGUUCUUGGUCCGGACGCCCCCGCCGACGUCAUCGAACGGCCCGUAGCGGUGCCCAGCCAGCGACCACGGGGCGCCAAACCACCGAAAAAAGCACUGCGCGUCGCCCUCGCGUUUGUCGACGACGCGCCGGCGCCCCGUCUCGUGGCGCGCCCCGGCGUCAUCUCCGAGGCCGAGUUGAAUCGAACUCGACUCGCCCCCGAGGCGCUCUUGGAGCUCAAGUACAUGAAGGGGUACGCCCGAGGCGACCCGUCGCGUGUGCUCUACAUCAAGAAUAUCGCCAAGUCCGUCGACGAGUCGGACCUUCGCCACGUCUUUGGGGCGGUCUUCCCCGACGACGCGUCCAUGGGCCUCCUCUCGAUCAAGUUGUUUAAAGAAGGGCGGCUCAAGGGCCAAGCAUUUGUCGAGUUCCCAGAUGUGGCGCUGGCGACGCUCGCGCUCGAGACCAUCCACGGUGUCUGCUUGGAGGAGAAGCCGCUGAUUCUGUGCUACCGAAAAGCUCCGACCUCCGACACUGGCGCACCACCAGCCGUGUAAAAUGGUGGAUCCGCCAGCAAAUGACAUGUUUUGUAUUGUACACAGGACCGUCUCAGGCGACAAUUAGUUAGUUGAACGGAGAAUCGGAGAAUAGUAGUCAUAUAUAUGGAACUCGAGCUACUUCAACGUCCA